CCUGACUGGACACGGAGCCGAAUUAAGUUGAAUGUUUUAUGCGUUUAAUGAUUAAUUACGAGCCGUGGGGAUGUUAAAUGAAGAUGCCUUUACCUCCUGCUUUGGCUGGUUCGGACUCUGACGCCGAGUAUUUCCGCAGAGCGUGAUUUCCAUCUAGUGGUCGAGAGAAAAAAGAAAAAACAUAGCGAACGUCACUGUCGUAAAAAUAACGACGCGCGGCUGCUACGCUUUACAGUAAAGUGUAGUUUAAACCAAUCGGCAUGGCUUCCUCGUUGAUUUGCAGCGAAACACAGAGCAGGGUGAGCUCGGUGUUAAACAGAGAUGUUAAGCAGUAUGGAAAGAAGUACAUGUUUGACUGUAAUGAGGAGACAUGCUGGAACUCAGACCAGGGUGAAUGUCAGUGGGUGUCCCUGGAGUUCCCCAAAUCUGUCAAAGUGUCAGAGUUGAAGGUCCAAUUCCAGGGAGGUUUCUCAGCAAAAACAUGCACACUAGAAGGUUGCCCAAAAGAUGGAGACUCUGCAGUUCUCAGUCAGUUUUAUCCAGAGGACAACAAUUCUCUUCAGAGCUUUCCCAUACAGGAGGCCCCUGCAGUGGACAAAGUAAAAAUAAUGUUUGAGAAUAGUGCCGACUUUUUUGGGAGAAUUAUUGUUUAUUCCCUGGAUGUCCUGGGGGAAAGAGCCUCAUGACCAUUUUUUUUUUUUUUAAAUCCCCUCAUGAGAGAGGAAAUGACCCCUGAGUAAAGUGCAGUAUGCAGGGUGGUGUGGUGGCACUCAGGAAACAUGUCAUCUAUACUGCCACCUCGUGAACUGAUGCAAAUGUGGCCUUUUUUGGUAUGAAUGCAUUCAGGGAUCUGUCAGGCAAUCUCACUCUUCAUUACUCAAACACACACACACACACACACACACAGGGCAUGUUGCAAGUUUUGACUGCACAUUUAAUCGGUAAGCGCACUUGUAAUCUGCUCGCUACACCUAUAUUGUGCCUUUGAGUUAAAGCGCCAUUCCAGUCUAAAAAUAAAUUUUUAUUAAAACAUGUUUACUGCCAUUUUGUUGCUGCUGCACAGCUGUCACAUUUAGUCCUCAUUCAUACAAAGUUUUUUUUUUUUACAUUGUAGGGCAUACAAAGUGAUGCACAAAACUGGAAUAAACAGUUCAGAAAUCAACAAAUGCA